GAUGGACUUGAAGUUGAAGUUGAAGUUGUAGUUGAAGGUGUUGCUGUUUUAUGGCCUCAGCCUUUCCCUUUGCUUAUUUGAUAAACAAAACUCUGAGGGAAGUUAGGCCAACCGCUAUCUUCCCUCCAAACAAACCUCUCUGAUUGUAUUCCCUUUGAAUCAAAGCAAACCCCUUUUGCAGUUGAUUCUUGGUCACCAUCUGAGACACCCAACUUCACCUUCCUGUCAUACUCUUCUCAACCACAACUCUUCCCAUCUUCUAUUUUACAUUUCUUCUUUGCUUUGUCUCCUUCCCUUAUAUACCUUCUUCAGUUUCAAGCCUCUAUGUGCUUUGUGCCUAAAUUGAGCUUCUUGAAUGGUUUUGGGUUGUGGGGUUCUUUAUUUGAAGUACAGAGGCAAUUGUUUGUGGUUGAAUUUUGAGGUUUUGUUAAUUGGUUUCUGUUAGCUGCAGCUUAGAAGUUAACAGAAGAGCGAUUUUCGCCUCUAGAGUACUGGUAUUUUUCCCUCGUCUCAUUGAAUUCUCAUGAUUAUGAUCAUAAAUUUUCCAUGAAAGUGUUAUGGAAACAUGAAUUAUGAGGAUUUCAAUCAAAUUCAAUGCAAUAUUUGUGAUUUGUGAUUGGUGAUUAGUGAUUUGUGAUUUCCAGUCUUGUGUAUAUAAAGUCGAAGAAUUAGGCCAGUUUGAACUGUUUGGUGAUACAGUUUUAUUUAGUAAGUUUGAAGAUUUGAAACCAUUUGCAAUGAAUACUCGUUACUUCUUGCCACCAGACUCGUUAUGUAAUUCAGCUGCAAAUGUUUCCCUGUCAUCGAAUUCAGUACCUGCAGACGGUAGAAUGGUUGUCGGUGCUCGAAAUAGGCCUGCUAGAGCUGCAGUACCCUCACCCUCAUCAUUCUUGAUAAGACUGGCCAUGAGGAUAUCUAGAGCAAGGUGGUUCAACUUCUUGAGGAGGGUGUUUCAUUACCAGAAUGGAUCAAGAUCCGAUCUCGGGUCGAAUCCUUUCAAUUCCAGUACCUGGAUGAUGCUGGAGUUCUUGGCUUUGAUCAUUCAAAUAAGCAUCAUAACAUCCACUCUGUCAAUCUCAAAGAGGGAGAAGCCUAUUUGGCCCAUGAGAAUUUGGAUUGUUGGGUAUGAUAUUGGGUGCCUGCUCAGUCUUUUGCUUCUCUAUGGGCGCUACAGGCAGCUUCAUGUCACUCAAGCUGAUGGUUUUGGCCUCUCUGAUGUUGAACAACAAAGGAGCAGCGAAGAAUCCAGGUGCUCUCAUUUGAUGAACAGAUGCCGGACUUCGCUGGAGCUGUUCUUUGCAAUCUGGUUUGUGAUGGGGAAUGUUUGGGUAUUCGAUUCGCGAUUCGGGUCGUUCCAUCGAGCUCCGAAUCUACAUGUUCUCUGCCUCUCUCUGCUUGCCUGGAAUGCUCUCAGCUACUCAUUUCCAUUCCUUCUGUUCCUGUUGCUGUGUUGCUGUGUGCCACUCAUUAGCAGCUCCCUUGGCUACAACAUGAACAUGGGGUCUUCUGAGAGAGGAGCCUCUGAUGAUCAAAUUUCUAGCCUCCCCAGUUGGAGAUACAAGCAAGUUUUUGAAUCCAAGUUAGAGCUUGGAAAUGAUGUCAAUGGCAUUUCAACUUCUGCAAAUGAAGAUCCUGAAUUCAUGAGGAAGUCAUUUCUGAUAGUGUCAUUGAUGAAGCGCUUGGGAGUCUUGGUUUCACCACGAGCUUGGUCUUGA